AAUAAUAAUCAUUGGUCGAGCAACCUCGAAACUCGAAAUCCAACUCGUAACUGGUCAUCCUAAGGGGGUUCUCGUGCCUAACUUUAAAUUGAAUAUGGUCAAACUUAGUCAAACACGUUCGAAUCUGUAAGUUUUAACUACUUAUUAAAGUAAAUCGAGUUAACUAAACUGUUCCUCUCUAUCUUUUCAACAAAUGCUUCUUAUCUCUAAUUUUCAAUGCAAAUUCGGGUCAACUAAGAGAUAUCGAUUUGACGAGGCGAACAUUGACAAACUUGCUCUCUGAGUCAAACGGUCAACCCCAAACAACUUCUACACUAAUAUAGAUAUAAGAAAAAAUUAAUAAUAUUAAUUAUUAUGUAAUUAUAGUCUAAUUAAAAAUUCAUAAUUCCCCUCCUCCCCCUUCCCCCUCCCUUCCUUCCUUCCCUUGCACCCCAAUUUGGGGGGUAAGCCGAAACAGUGAAUUUACGCUCACGUUUUGCACCCCCUACUGUUACAAAAUAACCAAACGGGGGUAAACACCUUGGAACUUGUGUUUACCCCUCCAAACUUGCACCCCCUUCCAUUUACACCCCUCCCAAACAUAGUAAUCAUCCAAAAUGGUCUAAAACCUUUGGUAUUCGCACAAAAUAGUCAUAUAAUGUUUGAUUUUUCUGGAAAUGGUAUCAUAACUUCAAAGGAAAAUAGUAUAAACUAGUCAUUUCCGUCGGUCAACAUCCAACUUUAAUCCAGGUUGCAAUACAACAUGAAACAACCCACAAGAACCAUAGGUAACACAUUUCAACAAGGUCGUCCAAUAAAUUAUGGAGGCUAGUUCCACAAAACCAGUGUGAUUUGGCCCAAAAUUCUAGAUACAUCUAAUAUUUGGAGGCUUUGAAAAAUAAAAACAAAUAACAUAUUUAAUCAUAUAUAUUCUUACUCUUAUAUACUGGUGGUUGCUUUUAUUUACGACUUGAUUUAUAUGAGUUGAACUUACGAUGGAAAAUACUAAUUAUCCGACGAAUUAUAUGAAGGGAGGUUAUCAAAGAAUGAAACAACCCACUAUAACUAUAGACAACACAUAUCAACAAGAAAAAGAGUAUGAUUUAGGCAUUUAGCCCAAAAUUAUGGACACACUUAAUAUUUGGAGGCUUAAAAAAAUAUAUUUGAUAAUAUAUAUUCUUAGACACUGGUGGUUGUUUUUAUUUACGAUUUAAUCUAUAUUAAUUAUGAUAGAGGAUACUAAGGGGUCGUUUGCUUCAUGGAUUUAUAAACGAGGGUUUUGUAAUUUAAAAACCCAAGGAUUUAUCAAGGAUUUGAGGCAUCAUGGAUUUGUAACAAUCCUUUGUUUGUUAGGAUGUUUUUAUCAUGGAUUUAAAGGUAUGAGAUUUACUACUUGAAGUUAAAAAUUACAUUACUGCCCUUUUCUAUAUGUUUGACAUGUUUAUGUUAUGUACACAAAACAAGGACAAAACUUCAAAAUUACCUUACUAUCAUUUUCUAUAUGUUUGACAUGUUUAUGAUAUGUACACAAAACAAGGACAAUAAUAAUAACGAGAAAAUUCCGUUUUAACUUUUAACGUAACAUAAUCAAUUACCAAUUCUUUGUCCUCCUUUUCGAAAGUAACAUAUAACAACAUAUAUUAGAAUCGUGAGAACAAAGAAUUACACGUUCCAUGAAAAGGUCAAAGAAAACUAGAACACAAGAAAUGAUAUAAAAAAUCUAACUCAUGUUUGCACAUUAAUUGAACGUUUAUAUUAUUCAUUUAUUGUUAAUUAUAAUGUAUAAUAGUUAAAUUUGAGGGCAACCUUGGAAUAUUAAAAGUGCAUGAGGGUAUAUGGGUAAAAUGUUAUCAAGGAUUUAUGCCAUAUUCCAAAUCCCACAUCAACAUGUGGGAUUUAUAAGUCUGUGGGGUCCACGGAUUUGGACCCUUAAAAUCCGUGGGCCCCACGGAUUUGGUCGCCAAAAAAGGUUCAAGCAAACAACGGAUUGUACCUAAAUCCUUGAUAGUUGGGUUUUUGGUACCAAAUCCAUGUACCAAAUCUUUGAAGCAAACGACCCCUAAUUACCUAAUAGCUUAUAUGAAGGCCAAGAAAUUAAAGAAUGAGAUCAUUGAUAAUAUUUGUUCCUAGAUUGUCGACGACUGCUUAUAAGUAUUGUUACAUGAAUUGAACCAUAUCUGCAAAUGGACUGUAUAACCACCAUUCAGUUACCAUAACGGUUUUGUUCAUAUGGUUGAAUGGUUAGCGAUGAAUCGAACGGAUUUUAACAGUUUGACGUGAAACCAUAUGAAUCACUCUGAUUUGACCGGUCCAAUGGUUCAUUAUUUUAAGUUUUAACCACAAAAGAAUUAAGAAAAAGUUAAGACCAUCCAACCUAAAUUACUAAUUUUAUUUUUGCUUUAUUUUCUUUUUUUCUCAGUCUCCUUAUCAAUUUUAUGUGGUCCACUACGGAUUGUCAUGCUAAUUACUAACUUGAAUGUAAUUAAUAAUGAUUUCCUUUGUGAGAUAGUUUGGGUGAUAUGCUAUAAGUUUAUUGAUAGAUUAUAUGGAUUUGAAAUUAUUUUUGUUAGUGAUAAAUUUAGUACUAAAUUACAAUUAGUAAAAUCAAUACAAUUUUAGAUGAGUUUACUCGUCCACUAGUUCACUAUUUGAACCCAAAAAAAAAAUCAUAAGAAAUAGUUAACGUAAAAUAAGACCAUCCAACCUGAAUUGCUAAUUUUUAUUUAUACUUCUUCUAUUCUCCAGUUGUCUUUUACAUGGUUCAUUGUCAAUUGUCACCCUAAUUACUAACUUGAAUUUAAUAAUUAAAAAAUUAUUAUUCUUUUUGGUGAUGGAUGAUAUGGAUUCGAACUUGUCUAUGCUUAGUGAUAAAUUUAUUCCUCGAUUAGUUUCUUAUAUUUUCUUUUAUUUUAUGGCGCAUAAACGGUUCUAUCAACGGUUUCUCAAUUGGUUGAACUAUAAAUCACUAAUUUUUUUUGAAUUAGUAUCCAGUAUGGUUUCGAAAGCAGAUCCUUCUGUCAAUUUAAUGGUCUUAUUGACCAGGAUUUUUGGAUGAGGAUUAGUGAAAAUAAGGAAAUGACUAGUUCGUUACAAAUUUCAAAUUCACACACUACCAAUUUGGGAAAAAAAGAUAAACUGUGCUUUUGUAACAAACCGCUUCCGUUGGGUGACCUUUCUGAAACAAUUACGCGUAACUUUGUCUAAGAAUCAGUGAAAAAAACCCCAAACAAAAAAAACAUCGCUUUUUAAAAGGAAAAAAAAAAAAAAAAAGUUGAAAGUCACAAGGAAAGCGAAGGAGGGACACGGCUAAGUAGUUUAGUAGUGGUGCGGGAGGGGAGGGCCGCUGUCACCAAAACUCGUUACCGGAGUGGAAACCAACUAAUCACCUUCCUUUCCUCCUUCCUUCUUCUUCUUCGUUGACACUGUCCAACGUCCCUCGCUGACAAACCAUUCUUACCAGCCAAAAUUCAUCGUCAUCAAUCCAUCAACAAAGAGAGAGAGGAGAAAAAAAAGGAGGGUUUUGUAACAGAUUUCCGUUUGCCCAAUUCUCUUCCUUCUCCCCUCUCCCCAAAAUUCCCUUCUCCCCUCUCCCUCCUCACCAAGUGAUUUCCCUUCUUCAGCCCAUGGCUGACGGGAUUCAGCCAUGGCUUCUCCUUCUCCUCUUUCUGCCUAUAUGUUCCUCUCAGUCCUUCAAUCCACAGAAUCUCGAAGCUUUCUACCCUUUCUUCGACCUGUCGCCCGCCCCGGCGCCCGCUCCCUUCCCUCCCACGAUCCCACUCCAGCCACAGCCGGCGGGGCCUUCCCCUGUUUCUCCCGCGGGCUCCUCGGACGGCGGAAAUAACAAUGUUGUGAAGGCGGUGGCGGCGACGGCCGCCAGUACCUUCGUUGUCGCCACGCUGCUCUUCUUUUUCGUCACCAGGUAUGUCCUGGCUCGGCGGCGGAAGAAGGAUGGAAACAAGGUCGCUGUUGUGGGUGGGGGCGGUGGGGACGGCGGUGGGGAUCGGCUGCAGCAGCCGGUGGUGGGGAAGUUUGUGAGGAGCGGUGGGAAUGUGAAGGGGCUGAUUGUCGACGAGAACGGGCUGGAUGUGGUUUAUUGGAGGAAGCUGGAAGGGCAGAGCAAGAAGAAUGGGUACCAGAAGAAGGUUUUCCAGUCGCCGCCGGAGGAUGAAGGCGCGCCGGAGCACGACGAGAUUGAAGACGAGAGCACUAGUAGGAACGAGAUCCCUCUCCUCCGUGGGAAAUCAUCGACCUCCCAAUUCUCGAUUCCGUCGGAAAAGAGAAUCCCUUACGGUGGCGCGUCUUUUGCUGCUGGUGGCAGUGAGAUUGCGUUGGUGUCAGCCGCCGUAGAGAAACCUAAACCCACUCCACAAUUCAGUUCUCCGCCUCCCCCACCACCGGCCGCUCCCCCGAUGCCGCCGCCCCGACUGCCAGCGGCCGUACCCAAGCAGCCGCCGCCUCCUCCGCCACCGCUUCAAAACAAGGCUCUAGCGCCGCCGCCUCCUGCUCCUCCGAGGAAACCAAACGCUCCGCCGCCGCCGCCUCCGGGCAAGGCCGGUUCUGCAUCUAGACAGACAGCGAACGAAGGCAGCGAAAAAUCAGGCGAGCCCUCCGGGAGCGGCGCUCAAGUAAAGCUCAAACCGUUGCAUUGGGAUAAAGUGAACAAAAACAAUGCCGAUCAUUCCAUGGUGUGGGACAAACUCCACGGCGGUUCUUUCAGAGUGGAUGGUGAUCUAAUGGAAGCGCUGUUCGGGUACGUAGCCACGAACAGGAAAUCCCCAACUAGGGAAGGCGGCGGCGGUGGCAGCAGCCAUUCCAACAAUCCAAACCAUAACCUAAACCUCGCCGCCAGCCCAAGAUCGCAGAUCGUAAUUCUCGACCCGAGGAAGUCUCAGAACAUCGCCAUUGUACUCAAAUCCAUAUCCAUUUCUCGCAAGGAGCUUCUGGAGUCGCUGACGGACGGCCAUGGCCUGGACGCAGAUCUUCUCGAGAAGCUCACCAGAAUCGCACCGACGAAAGAGGAAGAAACCCAGAUCCUGGAAUUCACCGGAGACCCGACCCGGCUCGCAGACGCCGAGUCCUUCCUCUACCAUCUCCUCAGGGCGAUCCCCUCCGCAUUUACCCGGGUAAACGCCAUGCUUUUCAGGGUGAAUUACGCGUCGGAGAUUGCUCAGUUCAGGGAGUCGCUCCGCACUUUGGAUAUGGGAUGCAAGGAGCUCAGAAACAGGGGAUUGUUCGUGAAGCUUCUGGAGGCGAUUCUGAAAGCCGGGAAUCGGAUGAAUGCCGGAACUUCCAGAGGGAACGCCAAAGCUUUCAAGCUGAGCUCGCUCACCAAGCUCUCCGACGUCAAGAGCACCGACGGGAAGACAACUCUGCUUCACUUCGUGGUGGAGGAAGUGGUGAGGGCAGAGGGGAAACGCUGCGCUCUGAACCGGAACCGGAGCUUGAACCGUAGCAGCAGCCGGAACAGCAGCAUCAGUGGCGGCGGAAGCGGGGGAGGAGAAGCUUCCGACGUUGGUGGUGGCUCGAGGGACGACAGGGAGAAGGAAUACACAAUGCUGGGAUUGCCAGUUGUGGGAGGGCUGAGCGCCGAAUUCAGCAACGUGAAGAAAGCAGCUCAAAUCGAUUACGACACAUUGGCCGCCACUUGCUCCUCGAUUACAUCCCGAGCUGCAGAAGUGAAGCAGUGCUUGGUUCAGUGCGCCAUUAGCGGGGAAGGCGGAGGGUUCUCGAAGGAGAUGAAAGGGUUUCUGGAAUCGGCGGAGAAGGAGGUGAGAGCGUUGAGGGAAGAACAGAGAGAGGUAAUGGAGCUCGUGAAGAGAACGACGGAGUACUAUCAAGCGGGAGCUUCGAACGAUCAAGCUGCCCGUCCACUUCAGCUGUUUGUCAUAAUCAGAGAUUUCCUGGGGAUGGUGGAUCAGGUUUGUGUGGAGAUAGCUAGGAGUCUCCAGAGGAGGAGGAAACCGUCGAGUUCUUCUAGUGGGUCGUCGCCGAAAUCGCCGGCGCCGGUGAGGUUCGCGAACUUGCCUGAACAUUUCAUGAAGGAAAGGUCUCCCAGCAGCAGCAGUUCUAAUGAAUCGGAUGCUGAAUUCUGAAGGGUAAAUCAAAUCCAACUGUGAAUUGGAGUAGUGGGUGGGGGGAAUGUACAUAUUCUGUGUAUUCAGAGUUCAUCAAACAAACACAAAAUUUCCCCUUUUUUUUUGUUUUUGUUUUUUUGGUCUUGUAACUGAUUUUUGAAUUCGUUACAUUGAUAGGUCGAACUUGUAGAUUUGAUUGAGUUCUUUCUUUCUUUUCUUCAUUCAAGUAAAGCAUAUAUACACCCAAGUCCAAAGUUCCAAGCUUUUUACAGUUUCUUUUGUGCAUUUCACAUGCAACUCGGAGUUAGCAAAUACUCAAGUAUUUUAGAUUGCAUUUGUUAUAGUGUCGGAUAAACAAUCGACAAAUCAAAGAAACAAACGACACUGAAUUAUAUAGUUUCAUUAGCUUAAUAUGUGCAAACUACCAUUGACGGAAAAGAAUGGAUUUCACUCCUUUUGAUAAAGAGUACAAGUUAUAGAUUAUAGAAGGUUGGAAAGUAUAGUACUACUUGUAACCCUAGAAAAGAUAUAGGUAAAAAUUGCACAUAAUGGAGCCAAAUACCAACCACCAUAGCUACUACUAGGAUGCAGUGGCGGAGCCACUUGUUGGGGAGAGGAGUCCUACGACCCCAGUUGGAAAAAAAUGGGGCAACCAAAUCCUUUGGAUACGUAGGGUUUUGUAUAAUCUUUCAAAUAUAGGACCCCAUACUCUCGUUGAUGUUAGCUCAUCUAAGGACAACAAUCAACUCAAAGUUCAUAACAUACACAAACUUUAGUUCUUUGAAAAUUUUAAGGACCCCAGUCAACUCAAAGUCUGGCUACGCCACUGCUAGGAUGUACCACUUGAUAAACAUAUUCAAGAUGUUUCAACAACAUUUCCAAUUUUCAUGAAACGAAGAUUGCAUGUGUAAUUUCAAAUUUUCAAUUGCACUAAUAUACAUCAAACGUUCGAUAAAAAAGAAAAGAUACAUUUGAUCAAUUGACAAUUUCACCCAACCAAUUACACAUUCAACUCAACUAGUUGGUAAUUCCUUCUAAACUAUACAUUGGGUAGCCCGGUCAUAUGAUGAAAUUGUCAAAGGUUUAAACUUUCCCCUAAAGCAGCAAACUCAACUAACUUGGCGACAAGGUGCAACAACAAUAUAACUUUGGCGAUUUGGUCAAACUUAGUUUAGCUUAAUCCAACUGUUGGCAAUCCUUGUCAGGCUUGAAUUUUACGAUGACGACCAACAAUUAAGAAACAUUUAUUAUUACUGAUUCAAAAGACAACCCACUGCCACCUAACACACAAUCUGACUAAAAAAAAGAAAAGGUAAACAAGAAAAACGAAGAGGGUUUGCUGAAUCAAUCCAUUGAAAAUGGAGGGUGGGGCGGUUUUAGAGUAAUUCCAACUUGUUGAUAAUGGUAUAUUUAUUUGGUUGCCGGUUUCGUACCGCCAUGGCGCGCCAAAUGGAGCAGUUUGUUGAUUCCAUUAAAUUCCCCUCUGAACAGACAGCAAAGGAUUAGUUGUACAAAAGUCAGUGAGCAACUGUCAGCAGGAAUUUAUCACAAAAGCCAGGUUCUCUGCAGCUGCGGUGCAUCACUGAUAAAGAUGCUUCACGGUC